AUGCCGCGUCGACUAUAUCCCAGGCCCGCUAAAGCCCGGGAACGUCAGUUCUGGAAUUGGACCCGACUCGGAUGGACACAAAGCCAAAGAGAUCAAUUUUUCGAGCUACUGCUAGAAGGACUCUAUGAUUUGAACAUUCUCCUGCUGGACUUGCGGCUAACCGUGAAUAGAAUCCGCGUGAACUUUUAUCUCGAAAGCCAACUCGAAAGCAUAGCAAGAGAGAUUGAUGGAGAGCCAGAGGGCUUGGAUGAGUUAUAUGAAGCCAGAGGGCUGGAGUUAGUGAGACGUGUUCGAGUAGCACUCACGGCUCGAAAAAGGGUGUUCUUAGCCCGGAUGAAAGCACAGGGGAAGCCGGUGAGGCCUGGCAGGCCAGAAGAGGAUAUCCAUAGAGAGUUCAACCGGACUUAUGAUAUGGAUAACGAGACAACAAGCACCUCAACUAAGAGCAAUCUCAGUCAUAGAACAGGUGACCCGCCAAACAUUCGGUGGAGGAACGGCAACCGGAUUGUUUUAGAACCAUUUGAUGCUUUACCUAACGAGGGCGAGUUAGAAGAGGAAGCUGAUGGUGAUGUAGAAAUGGAAGCUGAGGCGAAUGUCGAGGACUGGAUUCAGGACGUCCAGGGUGCAAAUGCGGGGGAUGAAGAUUCUCCUACAUCUAGCCGCGCCGAGCUCUGGACCGAUAGCCAAGAAGAAGUUGACACUCCGCCAAAAGAAGAAAAAGGCCACCGACCACUGUGGACCCAAGAAGAAUUACAAGAUGAAGCUCGGGAGACUGCCAGGCAGAGCCCUGACGAGGUCCACAGCCAAGAGUCAAGUCCUCCGCAAGAACACGAACAAGAACAAAAAAGAAAGGAAAUAGAGGAUGAUGAUAAUUAUGAUUAUGAUGAUGAAGAGGAAGAAGAAGAAGAGGAGGAGGAGGAGGAGGAGGAGGAAGAAGAAGAAAUGCAACUGGUUGUCCAACCGGAGUCUGGGCCCGGUGAGUCUUCCAUUACACAUCAACUAUUUAGACCUGGUAGUCUCGAAGCUAAUCGUUUCUCUGGGGGCUUUAGCAGAAUAGAGAGCUUCCAGUGGAACUGCUCGAGAUGGUCGGUGAAUAUCUCGGAUUUGGCGAUUUGCACAUCUUCAGUACGACAUCCAGGACAAUACGGACAGUCCUUACACGUGCGCGAAGGAGACGUCUCGGCCAAAACCCUCUGGCAUCAAAAGAAGAUUAUGAUCGGUACCUCGCCAUGGUCAACGACGACGGACCAUCACGUUUUCAUUUGGUUUACAAUCCUCAAGCACCGUAUGUUGAACAGCCCCUGUUGUGGGCCGUUGAGAAUGGAUGGAGUGGAGUUGUGCGGGCCUGCUCGCGCGGUCAGGGGCAACUUUUGA